AUGUCGGCCGCAGAAGACCUGUUGAGGGACUUCGAAGAUUCCGAUUUCGAGGAUCAGGAAGAAAAUGGAGUCGAAAAUGAAGGUCAAGAGAUGGAAGUCGAGCCCGAGACGACAGAGGAAGCCGAGCAGGAAAAUGUUGCAGUCAAGAACGACUUCGAGGUUGCCAUGUCAGCGGCAGAUCAACUGGCCCGUCUGCACAAAGAUCUACGCGACCACUACUCGACACGAUUUCCUGAGCUUGAAACCCUGAUUACGAACCCGAUCAACUACGCAAAGACUGUCGCGAUCUUGAAAAAUGGACCGCUCGAUAAUAUCAAGCAAAUUUCUACAUCUUCCGAUAACCUCGUCGGCGCCCCGCUCAACGCUGUUCUCGAUGGACCAUCGCUAAUGGUCGUCACGGUUGAAGGAACAUCCACUCGUGGAAGACAGCUGUCAGAGGCUGAGCUCAAAGUUGUGCUCGAUACAUGCGAAAAAAUCCUCAAAUUAGACCGUGAACGCACUGCGCGUAUAGAGAGCGUUCAGUCUCGUAUGACGGAAAUCGCACCAAAUCUCACAGCUCUUAUUGGUUCACAAACUGCUGCUCAGUUUCUCAAUCAAGCCGGUGGAUUGCUUGAGCUCGCCAAAAUCCCUGCCUGUAAUCUUGCUGCUCAGGGCUCCAAGAAGCAAGAAGGACUGGGAUUUGCAACGAACGUCGGAAUCAGACAACAAGGGUUUCUCUACAAUUCGCCGAUGAUUCAAGACAUACCGAACGACGUCAAGCGUCAGGCGAUGCGGAUUGUGUCGGCGAAGAUGGUAUUAGCAGCGAGAGCAGAUGUUGCUCGUAGCAGUCCAGAUGGGUCUAUGGGCGAGGAACUCAAACAACAAUGCUUCCAUAGAUUAGACAAACUUACGGAGCCACCGCCAAACAAAGGAGCUCGAGCAUUACCCGCUCCCGACGACAAACCGGCUAGAAAGCGAGGCGGUCGACGAGCACGUAAAGCAAAGGAAGCCGUGGCAAUGACAGAAUUACGAAAAGCGCAAAAUAGGGUUGCUUUCGGCAAAGAGGAGCAGGAAGCUGGAUACGGAACUGGAGAUGGUACAGUUGGAUUGGGUAUGCUUGGACAAGAGAACGAUGGGCGCAUUCGUGCAGCCCAGAUCGAUCAGCGAACCCGAGCUAGACUUAGCAAGUCGAACAAGGGCUGGGGAGCAGCCACUCCCAUCAGCGGCACAGCUUCGUCUCUUCGAGGACCUGGAAACGCCACAAUGCUCCAAGCCAAGGGCCUACGCAGUUCGGGUGUUGGCACCUCACUCAACGCGACGGCUGGUACGGCCAGUUCCAUUGCUUUCACGCCGGUACAAGGUUUGGAGUUGGUUGAUCCCAAAGUCCAGGCCGAGCUCAACCGUAAGCGAAAGGCAGAAGAGGAUCGAUGGUUCAAGAGUGGUACCUUCACCCAAGUUGGAGGAAAUGGAGGCUUCAAGGUUCCUGACGUACCUGCGAACAAGAAGGUCAACACUGGAGGUGGUAACAUGGCGCCUCCAUCACUGCCUCUUAAGAAGUAA